GGAGUGGAACUUAUAUGUCUCUCAGAGAAGCCGUUAAACGAAGGAACAAAACGUCGCUUACGGAUGAAAGCAAGAGCGCAGAAGAUGAAAUUAACGGAUGAUGAAAUGUAUGAUUUCACAGAGAAAAUAGAAACACUUGAAGAUGCAUACUCAAAUGACGUGAAAUUUUUUCACAGUAACGAAGAUCAGCUCCGCCAUCCACCAGGCUUGCCGGUACGAUCAUGUUUUUUUACACGAUUUCGAGUUGUAGUGAGACCGCUUGAGCUCGAUCACAUUAUCGCCAUAUCCUCAGAAUAA